CCUGUUAUCCAAGGGAUACCACUACCGUGAAAUAGAAGUUUGUUUUUAGCUUGAAACUUUCACAAUGCCUCGCCAAGGAGUAUCAUAUGUAAAAAAUGAAGAACCUUCGUUUAUUAAACAAUUUAAAGAAAAAAUAGGUCACAAAGAUGAACCAGAUGUGAAUACAAAAAAGUUAAGCAUUCCAAAUUUUGAUGAGGAUGAUGAUGAAGAUGUGCCAGAAAAAGAAGAGGAAAAACCUGUUGUUGUUGUACUCAAGUCUGGAGAUUUGACAGCCGAAGAAGCAGAGUUAGAGAAAAAACAAAUUGAUGAAGGUCCAGCGAGACUAGAUGAAAAAAUCACAUUUAAAAAACCAUCAAAAAGAACUCAGGACACAACAGAGAACACUGACAAGGAAGAGUCCAGUAAAAAACGAAAAGAAACAGAAGUAAAGAAAACAUUCACAGCAAAAAAGACAAAGAACAGUUCACUAUUAUCAUUUGGCGAUGAUGAGGGGGAUGACAGCUAGUAGCUGGUGGGAACAACAUGCAGUUGUGUGCUUCUUGCAUUUUUAAGUGUUGUUGGAGUAAUAUUUUUGUAAAUAGUCUUUAGUAUGUAAUUAAUAAAAAGCAUUUACAU